AUGCACCGGAAUCCUGAGCGUUCGAGAGGAUCGUCGUGUAGUGUCCACGGCCUCGAAGGCUCUCCUUGGACAAAGACGACAUGGGCAAUCUCUAGAUCUUCUCGCGAAGUCUAGAGAUCAAUGAAGUGGGUCGUCGAAUCGUCUCCGGCGGCUGUCACCCGGCGGAGCAGAAAAACGGUGACUUUGCGGCUCUCCGACGGCUGUCACCCGACGGAGAAGAGCUGGAUGGAGGUGGGGCGCGUGUCAGGGAGCUUCAUCCUCAGGUCCGCGCAGCAAGAGGAGGCUCUUCAUCGCAUCUGGUACGCUCUCAAGAGGUGGCGACUGGUCUCCCGGCGGAUCGUCCUCUUCCGGACGACGGCUUGUUCGUCGAUCAAUCGGAGAUGAUUUACUCGAUGGAUUCGCGAUCCUUUUAUCGCGAAUCGUUCAGCAAUUUUAGUAGCAAUGCUCCGCGAAUCGCGUUGACGAGAUUUUCGCCGAUGAUCCAGCGAUUCUCGUUGCUUAAUCCUUCACCGGCGAUCUGCAGGAAAGUCGCGAUAAUCAGAUAAAAAUAUAUGAAUUUUGACUCUGGGAGGAUUCGAACCCGCGCCAGUCGCCCGCCUCUUCUGAGGAAGGUGUGACGGGGGUUUAGUCCCACAUCGGUUGUACGCUGAUUUUUCGAGCGAAUAUAUACUAAUGUUAGCUUUGUGAGCAAAGUUCUUUCUCGCGCGUGCAUGACCACUCCUUGCCCCACAGCCGGCUGACCACCGGUGAUGUGGAAGGGGAGUGGCGUACGCGUGCCCUGUCGGUCCCCAAGCCAAGCCGCUCGAGCUCCUGCUCGUGGCUUACUCCCCGACUGCGCUUCCGACCCGCUUGCGGGCACGGCUGGCCGGCGGGUCCCCCCAUUUUUGCAAUAUUUUUAUUUUUAUUUCUUGUUCUUCAUUUAUCUCAAAAGUAAGACUGUAAAAAUCGUAUAAAAUCACAUAAUUACCCAAAAAUUCACGUUAAUCAAUUGAAAACUAAAAAUCAUUCUUUAACACAAAUAUAAGUCUAUUUAUAAUGAGUUAAGGCUAAAACUAUAUUAUUUACUAAUUAUUAACUCAUGAUAAUGAAGACUUAUCAGGUUGUCACCUAGCGGAGUGGAAAAACGGCGACUUUGCAGCUCUCCGACGGUUGUCACUUGACGGAGAGGAGCUGGAUGGAGGUGGGGCGCAUGUCAGGGAGCAUCAUCCUUAGGUCUGUGCAACAAGAGGAGGCUCUUCAUUGCAUCUGGUACGUUCUUAGGAGGUGGCAACUCGUCUCCUAGUGGAUCGUCCUCUUCCUGACAAUGGCUUGUUCAUCAAUCAAUCGAAGAUGAUUUACUCGAUGGAUUUGUGAUCCUUUUAUCGCGAAUCAUUUAGCAAUUUUAGUAGCAAUACUCUGCAAAUCGUGUUGAUGAAAUUUUCGCCAAUGAUCUAGUGAUUCUCGUUGCUUAAUCCUUCACCGGCGAUCUGCAAGAAAGUCUCAAUAAUCAGAUAAAAAUAUAUGACUUUUGAUUCUGGGAGGAUUCGAACCCACGCCGAUUAUCCGCCCCUUCUAAGGAAGGUGUGAUGUGGGUUUAGUCCCACAUCGGUUGUGUGCCGAUGUUUCGGGUGAAUAUAUAGUAAUACUACAUUUCUAAGCAAAGUUCUUUCUCUCGCAUGUACGACUACUCCUUGCCCCAUAGCCGGCUGGCCACCAGUGACGUGAAAGGGGAGUGGCGUACACGUGCCCAUAUCAGUCGAAGCCGUUCGAGUCCCUGCUCGUGGCUACUCCCCGACUGAGCUUUUGACCUGCUUGUGGGCCCGACUAGCCAGUGGGUCCCCCCCCAUUUUGUAAUAUUUUUAUUUUUAUUUCUUGUUCUUCAUUUAUCUCAAAAGUAACACUGUAAAAAUCGUAUAAAAUCACCCCAAAAAUUCACAUUAAUCAGCUGAAAGUCACUUUUCACAUUUUAACACAAAUAUAAGUCUAUUUAUCAUGAGUUAAGGCUAAAACUAUAUUAUUUACUAAUUAUUAACUCAUGAUAAUGAAGACUUAUCAGUUGCACCAAAAAUAAAUUAUAGAGGCUCUUGAGAAUAAGAGAGAAGAGGGACAGCUACUUAGUCAGCCUAUAGAAAAUUCAGGGAACUACCCAACAAUAGGAUUUCAGCAAGGGGAGUCUAGUAGUAUGAAUCUAAGAAAAAACCCAUGAAAUGAUAAUAUUAGGACAAUGAAUACAUUGAGUGAGAAUAUUUUACCUGAUCCUUAUUUCCAACUAUUAGAAGAAAUUGAUGAUUCAUUAGAAGUAAAUGAGAAUAUUAAGGUUGAAAAUAUAGUAACAGAAAAUUUAAAUAAAAUCAUUUAUUACUCACAAUUGAUGAAUGAAUAUAGUGAGGAUGAUGAGGAGAAAGAGCCCUUAGAUGAAGAAAUAGUGGCUGAUCAUAAAAAAAUCAUCUAAAUUUUAGUAGACGGGAGUAAGGACAAAAAUGGAAAAAAAUAUAUUUUAGGUGAGGAAAAAUCAGUUGAUUUGGGAGAUGUAGGAGACAAGAUUAAUAAAUCUAAUCAUAAUUUUGUAGUCAUGGAUGUUGAUAAUGAGGAUGAUGAUGUAUAUCAUAUACCAAAAUUAAAAGAUAGCUCUUGAGAAGAUAAAGAAUUUGAUGAGUUGAGAAACAAAAAGCUAGAAAAAGAGUUGAUUCAACUAAUGGAAAGAAACGAAAAUAAUGAAUAUGAAUAUAGAGAUAAUUUUGGAGGAGCAAAUUUAAAUUUUACUGAAUUCAUUAGAUCUGAGAUUAAAGAAUACAAUCCUUCCAUCCUUCAAAACCCACAGCCUAUUAGAAUUAUUUCUAAGCUUGAAAUAUUUCACUCCUCACAGAUUGAACAAAUAUGUAUGGAAGAUAAAAUAGAGUAGGGGAAGAUUAUGUAGAUAAAAGAACACGUUAAGAAAUGGGUGAGUGGAAGAAUUAGAGAUAUCAAUUUAGAUGAAAAAAUUCUAGAUUGAGUAAGAGCUAAUUUGAAAAUUAUAUGGCCUAAUCACAUUUUAUGGUCUAUUAAUAGAAGGUAUUUAUUAAUGAAUGAGAGCCUUACAAAACAAGAUAGAAAUGAAAAAAGAUUCUUUUCAAAAUGGAAAUAUUAUUUUUGGGAAAAACAUUUUAAUUUUCAUUUUGUUUUGGCUGAAGUAUGUCAAGGUAUAUAUAUGAAGUAUAUGAAUUUAUGCUAAAUCUGAAAAAGAAUAUCAUGAAACUUACCUUGGGAUACAAAUAUAUUUUGAUGGCCAUAGAUCAUCUUAUAUGAUCUAAGAGUUGUCUAGCUGAAGCCAUUAAAUUCAGCGCUGCAUGGGAGGCAACCCAUGGUUUUUAUUUCAUUUUGUUUGAUUUUUUUCUAAACUCUAUUUUUCUUAGAAUUUUGCAAUACUUGUUUUUGUAUUUGUUUUUCUAAAAAAGUGCAAGAGGAGGCGUCUAAGAUGAAGUGAAAAAUUAAAAAUGAGGUUGAGGUGAUGUCUUUCUGAGCUUUAUUAUUUAUGAAAAUAUUUUUAGUACUUAACUUUGCACAUAUGCAUGCUUCACUUGAAAAUUAUAUUUUCUGUAUAUUCUGCUUCAAUUUUUCUAUGUCAUUGAGGACAAUGUCAUUUUAAGUUGGGGGGUGAAGUAUUCAUUAUUAAUUUAUGCUGUAGGACGAUUAAGAACAUGUGUUUGUAUUAUAACAGUAACUGAAAAAAUAAAAAAUAAAAUAAAAUUUGAAAAAUUGCAACAUCUAUUUUCUUAUUUUCUAUCAAGAACAAGAGACUGUCAAAAAUAGCAGAUAAAAAACAGCCCAAAUUUUGAAAUUCUAGAGACUCUUUUCUCACAUUUCAAUCCCCUAGGCAUAUCUUAUUGAAAUUUAAAAUUACAACUAUAAAGAUGAUAGUUUUGAUUUAUUUUUGACAAAUUUAUUGUCGCUAAAAAUAGAACUAAAAAUAGAAAACAGAACUGUCAGAACUAUCUAAUUUACAAAUUUCUUACAUAAUAUUACAUGCAUAAAAAGUUAAAUCAAUUAGAUUGAUUGAUACCAAAAGAUACUAGGAAGAUUAUUAAGUCAAAAGAAUGAUCUAGUAGUAUGAAAUAUUGGAAUACUCCUUGGAUAUAUGAUAGAUAAUAUAGAUUUGAUUUUAUAUAUUUUUACUUCAUGAUCUUGAUGGAUAGUAUUUACUUAAUGUGAAAAUUUGUUUGAUCAUUUGAGUUUAAUAAAAAUUUUUGCACCCUGAUCUAUAAGACUUGUGAGGAGAAAUUAAUUAUUUAAAAAAAAAGAGAAAGUAAUGUGAAAAUCUAGAAACAAAGAGUACACAUGGAGGGUGUGAGACAUCAUUCUCAUCGUCGAAAAUCGUGUAUAAAAAAUCAAUUGCUGCAAAAAUAAGUAGACAAAGUGAAAGCCCUAAAAAUGAAGAGUACACAUAGAGGGUGUGAGACAUCAUUCUUAUUGUCGAAAUUUGUCUAUAGAAAAGGCUACUUAUUCACUAUAUAUAUCAAAAAAAUAAAGAGAAAUAAGAAAUAUAGUGCAAACUUCAAAAAUCAAGCCAUAGAAAAAGGAAAAUGUAGGAUCAAUAUUAUUCUUGGAUGAGUAUUGAUAAUUAGAACAUCUUGUAAAUUUAUCUCUGAGUGAAGAAGUGAUAAAGAUGUGAAUAGAAGAAGUGAAGUCUAGAUUGUUAUUCUAAAGAGUGCUUAAGCGUUUAAGUACUUGACAUCAUUCUUAAAUACUUGAUAUAAGAGUCAAAAGUGUCUAAAGGUACAUCAUUAAUUGUAUUUGUUUUUAUGUAUUGAAAUAUGAUGUUUGAGAUUUCUAAAUUUUUAUUUUCGUAAUUUCAUUGCUAAGGGACUAGCAAUGAUUUAAAUUGGGAGGUGUGAGAAGUCUUCAUUAUCAUGAGUUAAUUAGUAAAUAAUAAAGUUUUAUCUUUAACUCAUGAUAAAUAGACUUAUAUUUGUGCUAAAGUGUGAAAACUAGUUUUCAAUUGAUUAAUGUGAGUUUUUAGAUAAUUAUGUGAUUUUAUAUAAAUUUAUAUGAGUUUUAUAAGCUUACUUUUGAGAUCAAUGAAGAAAUAGAAAUACAAAUAAAAAUAUUACAAAAUGAGGGGACCCAUCGGCCAGCUGGGCUCGCGAGUGGGUCGGAAGCACAAUCAGAGAAGAGUUGUGAGUAGGGGCUCGAGCAAUUUGGACCGAUAGGGGCAUGUGUGCACCACUCCCCUUCCACAUCACUGGUGGCCAGCUGGCUGUGGGGAAAGGAGUGGCCGUACACACGCGAGAAAGGGACUUGCUUAAGGAUCUAACAUUACUAUAUAUUCGCCCGCCGCACAACCGAUGUAGGACUAAACUCACGUCACCUUCCCUAGAAAGUGUGGCCAAUCGGCGUAGGUUCAAAUCUUCCAAGAGCCAAAACUCAUAUUUUUUUAUUUGAUUAUCGCGACUUUCUUCCAGAUCGCCGAUGAAGGAUUAAGCAACUAAAAUCGCUGGAUCAUUGGCGAAAAUCUCGUCAACGCAAUUCGUAGAGCGUUGUUACUAAAAUUAUUAAAGGAUUUGCGAUAAAAGGAUCGCAAAUCUAUUGACUAAAGUAUCUCUAAUUGAUCAACAAAUAAGCCGUCGUCGAGAAGAGGAUGAUCCGCCGGGAGACGAGUCACCACCUCCUGAGAGCAUACCAGAUGUGAUGAAGAGCCUCCUCUUGCUAUGCGGACUUGAGGAUGAAGCUCUCUAACACACACUCCACCUUCAUCUAGCUCCUCUUUGCUGGGUGACAGCCACUAGAGAGCUGCAAAGUUGUCGUUUUUCCACUCCGCUGGGUGACAGCCAUCGAAGAUGAUUCAACGACCCAUUUUAUUAAUCUCUAGACCUUGCAAGGAGAUCUAGAGAUUGCCCACGUUGUCUUUGUUCAAGGAGAGCCUUAGAGGCCGUGGACACUACAUGACAAUCCCCCCAAACACUCAAGAUUCCGGUGCAUCUCCGACAUAUCGCCGUCACAACAUCGGAACUCUAUUUUCCUACUUUCAACUUACUUUAUGCUUCAUUUAGUGAUAAUUUGUGUGAUUUUAAUUUACCAAAAUAUACUUCAUCCAAUUACGAUUCUUUCGACUUUUACAAAUCUUAAUUUGAUCAAUUAAAUCAUUUGUAAUCGCUUACAAAAGAAUUGCCAGGCAGAACUGUGUUUUCGCCCGUUUCACGUUCACGGGGGCACUGACGUCAUCUUGACAUAUGCACCCUUAUUUCCCUUUUUUGUGAAUUUUAAAUAUAUUUCCUUUUUAUUUUGUAGUAUAAAAUUCAUACAAAAUAGUAUUCUUUAAGGAAAAUUAUGAAUAAUUACCAAAUAAUAUAUUACAUCCCUACGAUUGACCUGAAAAAUUACCGCUAUUUUUUUAGAAGUUUUAUUAAAUUAUAAUUGAUAUAUUUAUUCAGAAAUACUUUUAAAUAUCCAAAAAAUCAUAUUUUCUAGUUUUAUAAAUUUUAAAUUUACGUGAUUUACUAUACAAUGACUAAGUCAUGUUAAACUCAUUUCUAGCUAAAUGUAUAGAAAGAAGAGAAUUGUGGGUUUGUGGGUGGCUCUAAUAAAGAGGUAAGGACAGAUAUAGGGUAAUUAAUGUAGGAAUGUUAUUACUUUUGAUCAAUUUCUCCCAAGAUUUAGAGUGAAAUGAGGGGGUGGCAUAGAAAAAAGAGGAAAGAAGAGAAAGCUCAACACAAAUAUUAUGACAGCAAGAAAUGAAGAAAUGAGCAAGCAUGUCCUGGGCAGUUUUAAGAAGAAAGAGAAUGAAACAAUCCAAACUAAAUAUCCUUAUAUUAACUUUCUUUUUUUUCUUUUUUUUCUUUUUUUUUGAUGCUAAUGACUUCCAAUUUUUCUCUCUUUUUUUUUGUUUUGUUUUUUUUUUGGGGUAUAACCAAAAUACCAAAAAGAAGAUUGAAACUAAUUUCAUAUACAAAGAUAAGGACAAACUGCCUAAGAAUUACUCACUAACUCAAAUGUGAAAACAUUAAAGACUAUCUCUUGCUGUAGAUCCAAACUAGUAAUUCAAACAUAUUGAGCAAACACCAAGAUAGAUAGAUGAAAAGUGGUUAGAAGCUAUAGAAUGAAAUUGAGACAGAUAAAAGAAAGGGAUAGAGAUCAAGUUGAUAUCACAAAUAGGGAGGUAGACGGACUAGGAGUUAACCAUAUCAUCAGUAAUAAAGAAAACAAGAUAGAGGGUUUCUAUUAUGGCUAAUCAAUGGGUGAGGGCUAAGGUGAAGUGGUGAUAGUCUAUUCCCAUAGGGGGCUCAAAAAAUAGUGAUUCAUUACUCAAGACUUGAAAGAAUGCAUACUCUAUUCCCAGAAUAAGAUUCACCUAGUGAGUAAUCAAAACAAAUAAGUAAGUUCGGUUUCUAAAUAGUGGUGUAGUGAGGACUCUCAAAUCACUCAUCACUCCAUCCUAAGCCUAUUGUAUUUCAACCCUUCGAUUUUCAUGUACUAUUCCAUCGCCCUACUAGAUAUCCUUGCUACUUAGGGAUUGACCUAGUACAUCUAGAUUCAUGACUCAUACUAUUAAGAAAUGCUAUCAAUCCACUACAAGAGCCUAACUUCACUACUCACCCUUUUAGAAACAAGGAAUGGACAAACUUCUCAAGUGGGGAUGGAAUUACUAUUUUGUAUGCAUGCAACAAGAUGUAUAUAGAAAAAUGAGAUAAAUAUGCAAUCAUCAUAACAAAUUUUGACAGUUUCAUGUUGCAAGCACCCCUGCAUGGUCCUCAAUGCAUUGAGAAAGACAUCAAACUAAGAAUGAAAAGUAUAGCGUAAGAAUGGCAAACUAGGGGGAAAAAUUAUAAUUGCAGUUGCAGCUGUGAUUGUGGCUGUAGUAGCAGCUACAGCUGCAAGUCCUUGACUUCUCUUGCUAAAUGAUCUAUACUAGAACAAUAUUCUUAAAGAAAAUGGGCUAAAUACAGCUGUUAUUAGAAGGAAAGGACAAUGCAAGAACCAAAAUACCAUACAAACUUCAAAACUAAUAAAAAGAAAGCUUCUCAAAGUUUGUCACUAAGGUGGAUGUGGAAGGGGCUGGAUGCAAGGAGGGAUCUAGCAGGUCCUCAAGCAUGGUGACUUGAGGCUCAAGCAUCUGAUCAGCUCCUACAUACUGCUUCAACCUUUGACUAUUCACAGUAAAAGAUUUCCCUGUCUUUGGAUCCAUGAUGAGAACUACGCCAAAAUCAAAAAGUUCAUUAAUAAUAUAAGGUCCAUCCCAUCUUGACUUCAACUUCCCUAGAAAUAAUUUCAAAUGUGAGUUAUACAGCCACACUUUCUAAUUUUCAUACAGGUUUCUUCUUUUCAAGACUUUGUCAUGAAAGUGCUGCAUCCUUGACUUGUAUAUGAGUGAAUUCUCAUAGGCCUCAUUCCUCAGUUUUUGGAGUUCAUGGAGCUGCAAAAGUUGACUCUUCCCUGCAUCAUCUAAAGAGAGAUUAAGUUUCUUAAUAAGACAAUAUGCUUUAUGCUUAAUUUCCACAAGAAGAUGGCAAGCUUUCCCAUACACAACUUUAUAUGGGGACAUACCUAAAGGUGUUUUAUAUGCAGUCCUAUAAGCCCACAAAGCAUCAUAAAGUCUACUUGCCUAAUCUUUUCCAUUUGGGUUUACAAUCUUUUUCAAAAAAAAAUUCUCUCUAUUACUAACUUCUACCUGUCCAUUAGCUUGUGGAUGGUAAGAUGUGGUCAUUUUGUGAUGGACUCCAUAUUUUUUUUAACAAAUUCUAAAAAUGAAAAUUAUUAAAAUAACUGCCUCCAUCACUAAUGAUUGCUCUUGGACAUCCAAACCUACUAAUAAUAUUUUGCAUAAUGAAUUUAAGCACCACUUUAUGAUCACUUGAUCUCGUAGGAAUCACUUCUACCCAUCUAGACACAUAAUCCACUCCCAUAAGAAUAUACUCAUAUCCUUCUAAGAUUGGAAAUGGUCCCAUAAAAUCUAUCCCCCAUAGAUCAAAUACUUCAACCUCAAUUAUUGGCCUCAAGGGCACGUGGUCUUGCUUGCGCAAGUUCACUAUAGCUUGGCACUUAAGACACUCUUUGGAAAAUUCAAAACGAUCAGCAUGCAAGGUUGGCCAGUAGAAACCUGCUUGUAAAAUCUUAGACUUUGUAAUCUUAGGAGAAUAAUGCCCUCCAUAUGGGGAAGAAUGGCAUGAUUCUACAAUCUUCCGUUGUUCCUCAUAUGGGACACACCUCUUAAGCAUAUAAUCUACUCCAAGAUUAAAUAAUUCAGGUUCUUCCCAAAAAUAAUGUUUUACCUCUUUGAAGAAUUUUUUCCUUGCAGUUAUGUCACAAUCUUCUAGUAGAAAACCUGAAACCAAAUAGUUAAAAAUAUGUGCAUACCAUGGAAUCUUUGGAGCUUGCACUUCUAAGAUCUGUUCAUCAGGAAAAUGAUCAAAAAUAGGUGAAGGUGAGUCAAAAUGUAAUCUAGAAAGAUGGUCUGCCACCACAUUUUCACACCCUCUUCUAUCUUUAAUAUCAAUAUCAAAUUCUUGCAUCAAUAAAAUCCACCUCAUAAGCCUAGGUUUAGCUUCUUUUUUACCAAGCAAAAAUUUUAAAGCAACAUGGUCAGAAAAAACAACUAUUUUAAUAAAUAAAGAUGAAAUUUUUCUAAAGCAAAGAUAAUUGCUAGUAAUUCCUUUUUGAUUGUGGAGUAGUUGACUUGUGCUUCACCCAAGUUCUUGCUAGCAUAAUAAAUUGCCACCAGCUUCUUGUCUACCCUUUGUCCCAAAACUGCCCCUACUGCAAAAUCAGAAGCAUCACACAUUAAUUCAAAAGGUAAGUCCCAAUUAGGGGCUUGGAGUAUAGGCGCCUAAGUAAAAGCUUCCUUCAUCUGCACAAAAAUAGUUUCAACAUUAGAAUAAAAAAUGAAAUCAACAUCCUUUGAGAGCAGAUUAGUUAAGGGUUUGAAGAUUUUAACAAAGUCCUUUAUGAAUCUCUUAUAGAAGCUUACAUGGCUAAGAAAACAUCUAAGUUGUUUGAGAUUUGUCGAAAGAUGAAGGCUCUUGAUCACCUCUAUUUUGGCUUUGUCUACUUCCAACUCAUGUUUGUUGACUUGAUGCCCCAACACUAUUGACAUAAUUUAGUCAUUGUAUAGUAAAUCACGUCAAUUUAAAAUUUAUAAAGCUAGAAAAUAUUAAUUUUUAGAUAUUUAGAUAUAUUUAUGAACAAAUAUAUCAAUUAUAAUUCAAUAAAAACUUUAAAAAUAGUAGUAAUUUUUUAGGUCGAUCAUAGAGAUAUAAUAUAAUAUCUAAUGGAAAUAAAAUUUUGUUCGAUGAUUCUUACAUAAGUGAUUAUAGACAAUUUAAUUGAUCAAAUUAAGAUCUGUAAAAUUUAAAAAAAUCAUAAUUGAAUGAAGCAUAACUUAAUAAAUUUAAAUCACAUAAAUUAUCACUAAAUGAAGUAGAACUUAAGUUAAAAAUAAGAAAAUAGAGUUUUGACGUCACGACGGCGAUACGUUGACAAUGCACUGAAAUCUUAAAUGUUUGAGAAGAUCAUCAUGUAGUGUCUACAGCUUCAAAGGCUCUCCUUAGAUAAGGACGACGUGAACAAUCUCUAAAUCUUUUUGCGAAGUCUAAAGAUCAAUAAAAUAGGUCAUCGAAUUAUCUUCAACAGGUGUCACCUAGCGGAGCAAAAAAAUAACAACUUAACUCUCUAGUAGUUGUCACUCAAAGUAGAUGGAGGUAAGGGAUGUGUCACGAAACUUCAUUCUCAAGUUUGCACAGCAAGAGGAGACUCUUCAUCACAUCUAAUAUGCUCUCAAGAGGUGGUGACUCGUUUAUCGUUAGAUCAUCCUCUUCUUGACAAUAGCUUAUUCAUUGAUCAAUCAGAGAUGAUUUACUCAAUAGAUUCACAAUCUUUUUAUCACAAAUCAUUCAACAAUUUUAGUAACAUCACUUUGCGAAUCGUGUUGACGAGAUUUUUGCCGAUGAUCCAACAAUUCUAGUAGCUUAAUCUUUUAUCGACAAUCUAUAGGAAAGUCACGAUAAUCAGAUAAAAAUAUAAAUUUUAGCUCUAAAAAGAUUCGAACUUACGUCGAUUAUCCACCUAUAUGAGAGAGAUUGAAAUAAAUACUCUAAUGCCCUUUUCAAGUGACGUUAUUAUGGUAUAUCUCUAUUAUAACUAAGAGUAGUUAAAGUAUUAAAAUCUUCGAAACCUUUCGUAGGAAGAUGUGAUGUAGGUUUAAUCCCACAUCACUUAUGUGCCAAAGUUUUGGAUGAAUAUAUAUUAGUAUCACAUUUUCAAAUAAUUAGUCUCUUUCUCUCAUAUGUAUGACCACUCCUUGCCCACAAUUGUUGACAAUCGAUGAUGUGGAAGGAGAAUACCGUACAUAUGUCCCCAUCGAUCUUAGCUGCUUGAGCCCUUACUCAUAGCUCCCCCAACUACACUUCUGACCUACUUCUAAGCUCAAUUGGGUGACGGGUCCCUCCCUUUUGUUAUAUUUUUAUUUUAAUUUCUUUUUCUUCAUUUAUCUCAAAAAUAAGAUUUUAAAAAUCAUAGAAAUUUAUAGAAAAUCACAUAAUUAGCCAAAAAUUCACAUUAAUCAAUUGAAAACCAGUUUUCAUAAUUUAACAUAAAUAUAUGUCUAUUUAUCAUGAGUUAUGCUAAAAAUAUAUUAUUUAUUAAUGAUUAACUCAUGAUAAUGAAGACUUAUUACACCCUCCAACUUAAAUCAUUGAUAGUCUCUUAGCAAUGAAAUUACAAAAAAAAGGAUUCACAAAUCUCAAACAUCAUAUUUCAGUACAUAAAAAAAAUUAUAAUUAGACAUAAUAUAUCUUAAGACAUUUUGGAUUCUUCUAUCAAAUAUUUAAGAAUGAUGUCAAACACUUAAUUAUUUAAACACUCCUUAGAAUAACAAUCUAGACUUCACUUCUUCUAUUCACAUCUUCAUCACUUUAUCACUUAUACAUAUAUUUAGAUGAUAUUCUAAUUAUCAAUACUCAUCCAAGAAUAAUAUUGAUCCUAUAAUUCCUUUUUUUAAAAGCUUAAUUUUUAAAUUUUAUACUAUAUUUUUAUUUAUUUUUAUAUAGUGGUUAAAUAGCUUUUCCUGUAAAUAAAUUUCAACAAUAAGAAUGAUGUCUCACACCCUUCAUGUGUAAAAAUCUCUAUUAAAAUCAAAUGAUCAUUCAAAUUUUCACAUCAAGUAAAAAUUAUCUAUCAAGAUUAUGAAGUGAAAAUCUGUAAAAUCAAAUCUAUGUUGAUAAGUCUUCAUUAUCAUGAGUUAAUAAUUAGUAAAUAAUAAAGUUUUAGCCUUAACUCAUGAUAAGUAUACUUAUUUUGUGUUAAAGUUUGAAAAGUGGUUUUCAGUUGAUUAAUGUGAAUUUUUGGGUAAUUAUGUGAUUUUACACGAAUUUAUAUGAUUUUUAUAAACUUGCUUUUGAGAUAAAUGAAGAAAAAAAAUAAAAAAUAAAAAUAAGAUAAAAUGAGGGGGACCCAUCAGCCAGUCGGGCCCACAAGCAGGUCGGAAGCUCAAUUGGGGAGUAGCCGUGAGCAAGGGCUCAAGCGACUUAGACCGAUAGGGGCACAUGUGUGCCACUCCCCUUCCGCAUCACCAGUGGUCAGCCGACUAUGGGACAACAAGUGGUCGUACACACGAGAGAAGAGACUUAGAAAUCUAACAUUAGUAUAUAUUCAUCUAAAAAAUCAGCACACAACCGAUGUGGGACCAAACCUAUGUCACACCUUCCUCAAAAAGGGCAGGCAACCGGUGUGAGUUUGAAUCCUCUUAGAGCCAAAACUCAUAUUUUCUUAUCUAAUUAUCACGACUUUUCUGCAGAUCACCGGUGUAGGAUUAAGCAACUAGAAUUGCUAGAUCAUCAGCGAAAAUCUCGUCAACACGAUUCGUGGAGCAUUAUUACUAAAAUUGUUCUACAAUUUGCGAUAAAAGGAUCAUAAAUCUAUUGAGCAAAGCAUCUCCAAUUGAUUGACAAACAAGCCAUCAUCGGGAAGAGGACGAUCCACCGAGAGAUGAGUUGUCACCUCCUAAGAGCAUACCAGAUGCGAUGAAGAGCCUCCUUGACGUGACUCAGUCAUUGUAUAUUAAAUCACGCAAAUAUAAAAUUUAUAAAACUAGAAAAUACGACUUUUCAGAUAUUUAGAAGUAUAAAUAUAUCAAUUAUAAUUCAAUAAAAAUUCCAAAAAUAGCGGUAAUUUUCUAGGUCGAUCACAGGGAUGUAAUAUAAUAUCUAGUAAUUAUUCAGAAUUUUUCUCAAUGAAUACGAUUUUCUAUGAAUUUUAUAUUAGGAAAUAAAAAGGAAAUAUAUUUAAAAUUCACGAAAAAGGGAAAUAAGGGCGUAGACGUCAAGAUGACGUCAGCGCCCAGCAAGCGCGAAUCGGGUGGAAAUAGAGUUCCACCCGAUGAUUCUUAUGUAACCGAUUACGGAUAAUUUAAUUGAUCAAAUUAAGAUUUGUAAGAGUCGGAAGAAUCGUAAUAGAACAAAGUAUAUUUUGGUAACUUAAAAACACAAAAAUUAUCACUAAAUGAAGCGUAAAGUAAAUUGAAAGUAGGAAAAAAAAGUUCCAGAGUCACGACGACGAUGUGUUGGCGAUGCAUCGAAAUCUUGACUAUUCGGGAGGAUUGCCGUGUAGUGUCCACGGCCUCGAAGGCUCUCCUUGGACAAAGAUGACGUGGGCAAUCUCUAGAUCUUCUCGCGAAGUCUAGAGAUCAAUGAAGUGGGUCGUCAAAUCAUCUCCGGCGGCUGUCACCCAGUGGAGCGGAAAAACAGCGACUUUGCGGCUCUCUAGCGGCUGUCACCCGACGGAGAGGAGCUGGAUGGAGGUGGGGCGCAUGUCAGGGAGCUUCAUCCUCAGGUCCGCGCAACAAGAGGAGGCUCUUCAUCGCAUCUGGUAUGCUCUCAGGAGGUGGCGACUGGUCUCCUGGCGGAUCGUUCUCUUCCUGACGACGGCUUGUUUGUCAAUCAAUCAAAGAUGA